AUGCUUGCCAUGCUCAAAGUCCACAGAGCAAUGCAAAUCAGAUCUGUAUGUAUAAAUGUGUGUGCUCAAAAUUUCACACACAGAUUAAACACUAACGUCCCACAAAAGGAGGAGUCUCUCUGUGGUCCAAAUACAUGUUUGCGUACAGCAGUCGCUCUGUUCCAUUCCUCUGUGUGGGAGACUGCUGACCAGAUGGGGAAGAGACACAAAAUGAGAUCAAGUGCAGGUUUGGUGGAAAUCACAGAUUUGACAGAUAAAUUUACAUUUAAUCCAAAAGAGGGAAUAGACAACCCAGUGAUGGUCACCACAGAAGACACAGACUCUGUGUGGACACUCAGCCCGCGUCUGUGCAUUCUUAAACAAGAGGAGGCGGAGUCCUAUGGCUUCCAUCUGCGGGUGGAGAAGGGACGCCAGGGCCACAUAAUCAGAAAUAUUGUGUCAGGAGGGGUGGCGGGGUGCAGCGGCCUUCAAGAUGGAGACAGGCUUCUGGAAGUCAACAACUACCAUGUUGAUGAUGUCCCUCACCCUGAGGUGGCUAAGAAAAUAAAGCUAAGUGGACAGCAGUUAUGUUUAUUAGUGUUGGGUGGGGAGCAGUACGAGCAGGCUGUGUCCCGAGGUCAAGACCUCCGAAGUCUGGGCAGAGCUCACAAGUGGGAGAGCUGCAAACCACCCAGACUCUGCCACAUCACCAGGGAUCCCGUCUCAGGUCUGGGCAUCAACUUCACGCCUGUGGAAGGUGAGAAAGGCCGCUUCUCUGUGAGCCUGGUCCUGGGAGGUGCAGCUGAUAAGGCCGGGGUGUGUAAGGGAGAUCGCCUGGUUUGGAUGAACGGAGCAACGGUGUCCGACCUCACACACUCUGCUCUCAGCAGGAUGAUGAAAAAAUGUGGCGAUCACAUCACCAUCUUAGUGAUCGGCAGUGAGAGUGAGAAAAACUACACGCGACAGAGGAUGCCCAUCCUGCCCACCAUGGCCGUUCCACAUAACCUGCCUUACAGGGCCAAAAAGCUGCACCUGGUGUCUGGGCCUGAGGGGUACGGCUUCCUCCUUCAGCUGGAGAAGGCGCCAUCAGGACGCACAUUUCAUGUGCUGCGUGAGAUGGACAAUGGCAGUCCAGCUGAGCAGGCGGGCAUGCGGGAUGGAGAGAUGCUGCUGGAGGUCAAUGGAGAGUCAGUGGAGUCACUGAUGCAUGAGGAGAUUGUAAACAGGGUGAAGCUGAGUGGACAACAGGUCACCCUCACCACCAUCACUCUCCAGGGGCUGGAGUUUUACACCCAGUUGGGUCUGUCCCCUCUUCUCUUUAGUGAAGAUGGUGCUGUUGAGAGAGAAAAGGAGAGCAGCUUAUCAGCCUCUGCAGCAGAGCAGUCUCCACAAAAGGAAGUGGACGGCUCGUGCAAGCCCCGGCACUGUUCUCUCCAAAAAGGCCCCCUGGGAUUUGGCUUUAACCUGGGCUGUUUCCCACAGGGUCCUGGGAGCUUCAUCAGCCAGGUGGCUUUUGGGGGCUCAGGGCAGAGUGCCGGAUUGCUUGAGGGUGAUGUGGUGAUGGAAGUCAAUGGACAAAAUGUGGAGGAGAAGUACCUGGAAGAUGUGAUUAUGCUUGUGAAGGAACGAGGGCAAUUUAUUUCCUUACUAGUCAUGGAGAAGAAUGGCUACAACAGGUUGAAGCAGACUGAAACACCUACUCAAGAUAUCAGUGACAGUAAGCAGGAGGAAGAUAAUUAUGAGAUAUCUAUUUUGUGAGCGUCAAAGACAUUCUCAAGAUAUUCAACCAUCUGCGUGGUUGAUCAAAGUCUGCGGGCUGUUCUUCUCGCCUCUCUACCCUCAUGUUGUGCUGUAAUCUUUCAUCCUUUACGUCACGUCCAGGAGUGAACGCUGGCGCGUUGAGCUGCCGCUGCUCUCCGGUUGUCUUAACUGUAACUGUUUUAAUGUGUUGUACGGCAACCUUGAGUGCCUUGAAAGGCGCCUUAUAAAUAAAAUGUUUAUUAUUAUUAUCCUAUAUGUCUACUGAAGUUAAACGUAUUAUUAUUAUUCUUAUAUUGGUCAAGAUUGCCUUAAUUAAAUCAGGUUUUACAAAGUAAUCAAAAGAUGAAACAUAAAAUAAGCCAAACUGCAAUUGUGUCUGUUAAAGAAAUGUUCUAAUGUGUAUUUGUUUAUGAUAUUUACAUGUAUUAUGGUACAGUAUUAUACAUCCAGUGAUGUAAAACAUUUAGCCAACAAUUGCCACAUUUAUUCUCAAUCAGAUGAAAUACAAAAUGAUGCAUGUCUAAAAGGACCAUCAUAUUGCUUAUUGUUCAAAUAUGAAUGGAAACCAGUUGCUUUGAGGAAAUAUAAUCAGUUGAGAUUUGUCAAUUUAAAAAGCCAUCAUUUAUGUACAGUAAUGUAAAGUAACUGGUGAUAAAUGAAAAUACAAUUUGGUAUACUCUCCCUAUGUUAUAUCAAAGGGUUACUUGUAUUGUUGUCAUUAGAAUAAAGGGUUGUGUAUGUGUGUUUUACUGACA